GCCUCCCGGCCUCGCCCCCCGCCGUGGAGGCGUCAUGGCGGCCUGCGGGAUACCGGCGCUGGCCCGAGCGGCCCUAGGGAGGUCACCAUCUUGGGCUGAAGGCUUCCGACAGCCGCUGAGCUCAACCCUCCACUCCGAUUCCGAAGGGGCCUGCGGCGGCUCCGCUCCAGACUCGCGGAGGACGCCCGAAGGAGAGCCGAGGCAUCCGGCGAGCCAAGAGUUAACCGCGGCCGAGCAGCACAUCGCCGAGCUGCACCGGGCCGCCUGCGCGGCUGGCCAGUUAAGCUAUGUGGACCCAGCUACCGGCUAUGUGGUGUUCACCAGACUAGCCCACUUGCAGAGAGGUGCCUGCUGUGGUUCUGCCUGCAGACACUGUCCAUAUGGCCAAGUCAACGUGAAAGAUCCAUCUAAAAAGAAGCAAUUCAACUCCUACUUUUAUGUUUGACAACAACUUUACUUCUGUUCUAUCAAAUUGAACUUCUGAUUUUGAAAAUAAAGACCUAAUCUAGAA